CAGCAAUUCCUGGAUCACAUUUUACAGGAAACGAAAAGCAAUCCAGACUUCUUCGUCUCCUCCUUCAACUGGUUUUCCAAUUCUUCGUGAUGAGCAUUCUUGAAAGUUCAGGAGCCGAGGUUGUCACCGUUGACGUGCACACAGCCAAGGCUCUGACCCAUGCCGGCCAUGCUUAUCUCGAUGUAAGGACGUCGGAAGAGUUCGAGGAAGGGCAUCCAGCUGUGGACAGGAUCAUAAACAUUCCUUACAUGUUUGAUACGCCAGAGGGGAGGGUGAAGAAUCCAGAGUUUCUGAACCAGGUUUGGUCAUCCUGCAACAAGGAAGAUCAUUUGGUGGUGGGUUGCCAGAGCGGGGUGAGAUCUAUGCAAGCGACGGGGGAUCUUGUGGAUGAUGGGUACAAGAAUGUGAGGAACAUGGGAGGAGGGUAUCUGGAAUGGGUCAAGAACCAACUGCCCGUGCAAGCGGCAGUGGCCAAGGAUUAGUUUAUCUGAUAUGAACCGCCAAACUUAUAAUGCCUUCUCUGUGUUUACUAUUCAGCUUCCCCUCGUGACUUCAUAUAUCCAUAUCCUCCACCUCUCUUCAUGUUUAUGUUGGAUUGGUAUUUGGUGACUGUAUUUGAUACAUGAACUAAGUACUCGUAUUAAUUAAAUCAUUAAAAUCCAAAUUAAUUAUUUUAAA